UGCCAUCCCAACCCUUCUCAUCACAUGCUUUUGUUGUAACUUACAAUUUCAUUACAAAGAUCUUCUUUGUUUUUGCUCUUCGUCUCUGCCACAUGCUGUCCUUCCUCACUGAAAGUUUCAGUGGCAGCCAUUAAAGAGUAGUGUGAAGCUAGCUCUGAAGUUUACUUAUCAAAGAAAGAAGGAAACCAAGAGAAGAAGAAGAAGAAGAACAAGGAGAAGAUGGGGUUCCUUUCAUUGUUAAUUGUGGCCUCCAUGCCAGUUUUGCAGUUCCUUUUGAUAGGCCUUCUUGGGGCAUUCUUGGCAACUAAUUAUUUCAAUAUUCUCACUCCAAGUGCUAUGAGAGACAUCAACAAGGUUACUUAUGUGGUCUUUGCCCCUGCGCUUGUGUUUGCAAGCCUGGCCAAAACUGUUACUCUGUCAGAAAUCAUCACUUGGUGGUACAUGCCUGUAAAUAUUGGGCUCACCUUUUUGGUUGGAGGAAUAUUUGGAUGGCUGGCAGUGAAGAUACUCAAACCAAAAAAACACCUUGAAGGCCUUAUCAUUUCCAACUGCGCUGCUGGGAAUUUGGGUAAUCUCUUAUUGAUUAUCAUCCCUGCUGUUUGCAAUGAGAAAGCCAGUCCUUUUGGUGAUCAACAAGUUUGUCGUGAUAACAGCCUCUCUUACGUUGCUAUGUCAAUGGCGUUAGGAAACAUCUUCAUAUGGUCAGUGGUAUAUGGCCUAAUGCAAAUGGAUGGAGCUACCAUUGAAAGGAUGAGAAACAAUGAGAACAGCUCAAACUCAAGCCAACACAAUGAAGUGCUCAAGAUUGAGUCCAAAGAGGCUUAUGAUGAUCAUGAAGCUGUUCUAGAACAAAAGAUGCCUCUCCUAACCGACGACAAGAACAAGAAGAACAAGGGGGUUCUGAAUCAACUUCUUGAGGAACUUACAACACCCCCGAUUAUUUCAGCGAUUGUUGGCUUUGUUGUUGGUGUUAUACCUUGGCUAAAAUCACUAAUCAUUGGAGCCAAUGCACCUCUGAGAGUAAUCCAAGAUUCAAUUACAUUACUAGGUGAUGGCUUGGUCCCUUGUAUUACUCUUAUCCUAGGUGGAAACCUUACCAAAGGGCUUGGCAAAGGUGGAAUGAAACCAUUGGUGAUCAUAGCGAUCAUUGCAAUACGAUAUAUAGUCCUUCCGAUAGCUGGAAUUGGCAUUGUUCGAAUGGCAAACCAACUAGGAUUCUUGCCACAAGAUCCAAUGUUUGCAUAUGUUCUAAUGAUACAAUUCACUCUCCCACCUGCAAUGAGCAUAGGAACAAUGUCUCAACUCUUUGAGGUUGGACAAGAAGAGUGUUCAGUGAUUUUCCUUUGGACAUAUUUGGUCGCAGGUCUUGCAGUCACAAUUUGGUCCACAAUUUUCAUGUGGGUCUUGACAUAAAAAGAAAGAGCUUCUCUUCCUCAUUAUGUUUUACUAAAUAUGCGUGUAUGCAUAAGUGAGUGAGGUGUGAAUUUAUUGUCUCUUGCUUUUUCUUUUUUCUCUUUUUUUAAAAAAAUAUGCUAUAGCUUUUUUAUUCAUGGAAUAAAAUUGUUGCAAUUGGAUUAA